GACUGUGACUGAGCUGAAGCUUGAGGAAGAGAAAGAAAGGUCGAAGCUUUGGAGGUUGAAGAUGUCGCUGGUAUGGAUGGAAGCGAUGCUUCCGCUCGGAAUCAUCGCCGGAAUGCUCUGCGUGAUGGGAAAUGCUCAGUACUACAUUCACAGAGCCGCACACGGCCGGCCGAAGCAUAUUGGGAACGACAUGUGGGAUGUGGCUAUGGAGAGGAGGGACAAGAAGCUCAUCGAGAAAGCCACUCUUCCUUCUUCUAAUUAGGAUUGAUUGUGAAAUGGAUGCUUGAGAAGAAAUAAGUCACCAGUCCACUGUGAAGGAAUCUCGACCAACUCCAAUGACAUAAUUCGUUGUAUGUGAAUUUGCACAACCUGUUUACAGUUCCUGGAAACUCUUUUGUACUCCUGUGUUUUAUUUUCUAAUGUCAACAAUUGGAAGGAGUUUGUUUUGACUGAGCUGUGUGGUGGUGGGAUCUUAUGCAGUUAUUCAUUUGAUAGCAGAGCAUGUGUUGGUAA